AUUUAUUUAUAUUUUAUUCAAGUUGAUUCAUUUUUAAAAUUAUGACUUGUCCCUGUACUCAACUUCAAGACGCUAUUAAUGAGUUGGCUACUCAAUUUUAUACAAUUCUUGAAUAUCUUAAUACAGCACAUGAUUUUGUGCCUUUAAAUGGUCAAACUAAAGCUUCUGAUCCAUCUGUUCAUCCUGAAGAUACGGACAAAUUCAUCGAAACUCAGCAUAAAUUAUCAAUAAAUCUUAUUGAAAAGAUAAAACAAAUCGAUCUAUUAAUCGAUACAUUGCCUAGUCUUUACGAAACUGAACAACAACAACUCACUCAAUUAACUCAAUUGCAAAAACAAUUACAAGAAAUAGGUCAAAAAAAACAUUCUCUUCAAAUUCAGAAAGAUCUUUUACAAAAACAACUUGAUAAAAUUAUACUUCAUUUUACUGCUAUUCGUAAUCAUCUCUUCAUGCUUGGAUGAGGUUGUCAUGGCAACUCCUAUUAAUAAAUGAUACCCUAAUAAUAUC